AUGCCGGCUGCUUCGGAUGAAGACGAAGAAUUCGAAACAUUUGAAAAUGGCGGUGCAAGCAAUGAUUAUAAUAUUGACUUUUUUGAUGCUUCCGUGGCCGAACUUGCCGAACUAUUGAAAGAAACUGAACAAGAUGGUUUUGCCAUUGGUUUACAAGAUACAUUAUCUAAAAUAUUUGCUGAUCAAUCAAUAUUCAAUUUAGCUUAUUGCCAUGAUAUUUUAUUACGUUUUGUUCAACAACCAGAAACGAUGAAGCCAAAAUCAAGUGAUAAUUUAUCUCUGGUAACAUCACUUAUGAAAGAUUUAGAAAUUGUGGGCAUGACAAAUCAAGAUGCACGAGAAUUACAAAUAAUAUUAAGAAAUCCACACAUGCGGGUAUGA